AUGGCUUCUAGCCAAAAUCCGCUUCCACCGAUUGGCACUCUCAGAACAGACAUACCGCCAGAGAAUGGUGUGACCACGCCAUCCGCGAGUUCCCUACCCCCAAGUGGCAAGGAGAUCAAGGAUAUUACCGAACUGCCGCCCCAUGACCCUCCCAAGGAAGUCACAGGCUCCGACGGCAACAGGGUGUACAAGCUAGAAGUCACCCAGCAGCCUGUGCGCGCGAGGAUGUGUGGGUUUGGUGACAAGGACCGACGUCCCAUCACACCGCCGCCUUGUGUUCGGCUCGCCGUGGUCGACAAGGAGACUGGAAACGAAAUCGACUUCAACUCUGUCGACCAUCAACUCUAUGUUCUGACGGUGGAUCUGUGGUCGUACGAUGGGACCAAAGAGGUGAACCUCGUCAAGCACUCAUCAAACUCGCCCUCGAUAUCCGCCUCACAACACCAGUCGUUCCGGGAGCUGGAGCAAGCACCGUACAACCCCCAGAGCCAAAUGGGCCGUGCCCCACCGCCAGGUACACCCUACCAGCAACAAAUGCCUGGUUAUUCUCAUGAUUUCCACGGCCAGAGUAAGUCAAGAAGCCACGUAGUAGCCGAAGAUCCAUUGCCUAAUCCCACACACUCAUUAGACGGAUACAACGGAAGCUAUCAUUCCAUGGGAUCGUACCAGCCAGCAUAUCAGCCAAUGGGCCAGUCCAUGGGUCAGUUUGGAGGCCGCUACCCGCAGGAAGUUGGACCUUCGCGUUUGGGAAACCUCCAGGCGCAACAGGCGAACGGCAUGUACACGCGCAAUCUCAUCGGAAACCUGGCCACCAGUGCCUCGAGACUUACAGACGACAACGAGAAGAUUGGUAUUUGGUUUAUUUUGCAGGAUCUAAGUGUGAGAACCGAAGGCUUCUUCAGACUGCGAUUCUCUUAUACGGCUCUCGGAAUUCCGGGGACCUCGACCAACGGACAGACCAGCGACAACCUCAAGAUGAAUAAGACCAAGGCCAAGAUCCUUGCGCAGUGUUUCAGCGAUGUCUUCCAGGUCUACUCGGCGAAGAAAUUCCCCGGAGUGUGUGAGAGCACGGCAUUAAGCAAGACGUUCGCAAACCAAGGAAUCAAGAUACCGAUUAGGAAAGAAGGCGAUCCUGCUAGAGGGAGAAGAGGCCAGGAUGACGACGAUGGAGAGGACGAGGAAGAAUAA